UCCCACAGGGCCACUUCCUGCCCAGCCCCUGGCACAGCGUCUCUGCUCCAUGGUCCGCUUCAGUCUGCUUGCCCUGAGCUUCAACAUCCUGCUGCUGGUGGCCAUCUGUGUGAUCGGGUCCCAAAGUGCACAGCUGCAAGCAGAGCUGCGGAGCCUGAAGGAAGCUUUCAGCAACUUCUCCUCGAGCAUGCUGAUGGAGGUCCAUGCUCUCGGCACCCAUGGAGGCAGCGUGGGUGACAAGAUCACAUCCCUAGGAGACAAGUUGGAGAAACAGCAGCAGGACCUGAAAGCAGAUCAUGACAUCCUGCUCCUCCAUCUGAAGCACUUCCCCGUGGACCUGCGCUUCGUGGCCUGCCAGAUGGAGCUCCUCCACAGCAACGGCUCCCAAAGGACCUGCUGCCCUGUCAACUGGGUGGAGCACCAAGGCAGCUGCUACUGGUUCUCUCGCUCCGGGAAGGCCUGGGCCGAGGCAGAAAAGUACUGCCAGCUGGAGAACUCACACCUGGUGGUCAUCAACUCGUGGGAGGAGCAGAAAUUCAUUGUACAACACACGAACCCCUUCAAUACCUGGAUAGGUCUCACGGACAGUGAUGGCUCCUGGAAAUGGGUGGAUGGCACAGACUAUAGGCACAACUACAAGAACUGGGCUGUCACUCAGCCAGAUGAUUGGCACGGGCAUGAGCUGGGUGGAAGUGAAGACUGUGUUGAAGUCCGGCCGGAUGGCCGCUGGAACGAUGACUUCUGCCUGCAGGUGCACCGCUGGGUGUGUGAGAAGAGGCGAAAUGCCACCGGCAAGGCAGCCUGACCCCAGCACACCUCUGUCUAACCCAUGCCCCACACCUGCCCAGCUCUGGCUUCUCUGUUGAGGAUUUUGAGGAAAGGAAGAAACAUUGAGACGGGGGUAUGGGGAAGAGCUGAGCAAAGAGAGAAAGGAGGUAGUUUAAGAGUCCCUGACCCUGGAGGGCUGAGAUCCCACCCCCUUCUGUAAUUCAUUGUAAUUAUUAUAAUUGUCAGCCUCUUCAAUGGAGUAGGAAAGAAGAAACAAAUGCUUGAA